AUGAUCGAUCUAAUCACCUGCAAUCAUUACCAUCCCACGCUCUUCACUGUCUUCGAUCUGGUAAUUAGAAUGCUUAACUUCACUGACCGCCAUUGCAUUACCAGAACCCUUCUCUUGGGAUUCAUUGCCUACAUCCCCCACCUCAUAUAUUCAAACACGAUCGAAUUCUAUUCUCCACCGCGAGCUGAUAUUCACAAACUAUUCUUGCAAUACCUGUUUUCCCCGAAGGUAAUCAACGACUGCCCUUCCGUUGAAGACGUGUACAGUAUAACAGCGGAGAGGAACCUAAGUCUUGAAAUCUGUUCAUUUGUUCCUCUUCUCGUCUGCCUGCCAUCUCAGGGAGGUCUGUUCCAGAGAUUGGGAACCCGCAGAGAUCUGUUGCCUUUAGAUGCAGUCGAAGAACGAACGCAUGGCCAUGCUAUACAGGUUAUCAUAGAUACUGCAGUAGGUCAGAGCAUGAAUAUCCGCGAAGAGUUUGAGAGAAGCCAUGCAACGAAGGAGCAGUCAAUGAAAGAGCUCGCGUCUGAUCCUGAUGGAGCUUCAAGGGAGCCUAAUCCGACUUCCAGAGAAAAAUACAAGCCACGUUCGUUUACCGCUUCACGACGCCCUCGUAAACGGAAGGGAAGAGCUACGGGAGCUCUUUCACAUGAUAUUGUCGCGAAAAUGGUUAAUGAUGAUGUCCUCACCGUGGAUGAUGUCGGUAUUAAGUACAGCGGCGAGGAGAUCCUCAUCCUCCUCGAUCUUCCGAAGCGAGAGCGGGACGAGGAUUUAGUGAGCGCCCCUGGGCGGGAUAUUAUGGAGAUGCAUGCAGAGAGGACCCUCAGAAGCAUCGUGUAUGAGGAAGAGGAACCCAAAGACCCAGUACACCGCUCGAAACUCCCGAAGAUGAUGGUUGGAUCAACUAGGGUGUUAACAGAGGAUAGGAAGCCAGCCAUCGAGCCUGUGGUCGGGAAAGAUGAGCAGGUUCCUCAGGAAGAGAGAAGGGUGAAGAGGAGUUCAAACUCCUAUUUUGAUAAACAAGCUUUCCGAGGACCAGAGCAAAUCGCUCGAUCUAUUAGUCGGCCUCCACAGUAG